AUGGUAAAUCUGAAGAUUCUCGUGGGAUGCAAGAGGGUCAUAGACUUUGCGGUGAAGAUCAGGGUUAACGCCGCGAAGACGGCCGUAGAAACCGCAAACGUAAAACACUCGCUCAACCCAUUUGACGAAAUUGCUGUCGAGGAGGCAAUCAGAUUGAGAGAACGUAUGGGCAAAGAUAAGGUAUCCGAGAUCAUCGCUCUGUCCUGUGGUCCUCCAAAGAGCCAAGAACAAUUGAGGACUGCUUUGGCCAUGGGAGUCGAUAGAGCCAUACACGUCGAGGUUCCUGAAAAUCAGGUGUUAGAACCGUUGGGCGUGGCCAAAUUGUUUAAAGCCAUCGUGGAGAAAGAAAAUCCGAAUCUAAUAAUCUUGGGAAAACAGGCGAUCGACGAUGAUUCCAGUCAGACCGGUCAAAUGCUGGCCGGCUUGUUGAACUGGCCUCAGGCUACCUUUGCUUCCAAGGUUGAGGUCGUCGAGGAUAAAAUCACAGUGACACGUGAAGUGGAUGGAGGUAGUGAAACAAUUAGCAGUAAAUUGCCAGCACUUGUAACUACCGAUCUACGGUUGAAUGAACCUCGAUUCACAACCCUUCCAAAUAUAAUGAAAGCCAAGAAGAAACUGUUGACCAAGUUUACCCUUCAAGAUUUGAACGUGGACAUUUCCCCGAGGUCGGAAAUUCUUUCCGUGACGGAACCGCCAGUGAGACAGGGCGGUACCAAGGUUGAUUCGGUGGAUGAUCUGAUUUCCAAACUAAAAUCGGCUGGAGCUUUGUAG